UUCUCAGUCAAACUUUGACUGAUUUUCAUACAUUACUUACAUUUAACAAUUAAAUAGCACCCAUUCCUUUGCUUCAUCAUUCACCAUAAACCCUCCUCUCACUAAGCUUUUGCCAUUUCAAUUCUCUGUCCCAACAAAUCAGUUUAAAGUUCAAAACUUAGUUGCCAUUUCAAUAGUUAGAUAGAGUAAAAUGGAAAGUGAAAAGAGUUGGGAGCAGAAAGCUCUCGUGAGUGAGCUAAUUCAGGGGUUGCAGAUAGCAAUAAAGUUGAAGGAAAACUUCAAUAUACCCUCUUCGAUUCACGCUAGGGACUCACUACUGCAGAGUAUAUUGUCUUCUUACGACAAGGCUUUGCUUAUUCUGAAACAAAAUGCACCAUUUUCAAAUUCAGAAACCAUGCAUCAACCAACUCAAACUUCCUCACCACAGUUUCCUCCCAAAGAUCACUACGAAGGUGCCCUCAAGGAUCAUCAAAAACUUAAACAAAAUUCAAAGAAAAGAAAGAAGAUGCCCAAAUGGACGGAACAGGUUAGAGUGAAGAUCCAGAAUGGGGUUGAAGAACCUCUGCAAGAUAAUUACAGCUGGAGAAAAUAUGGACAGAAAAACAUCCUCAAUGCAAAAUAUCCCAGAAGCUACUACAGGUGCACAUUCCAAAAAUCUAAGGGCUGCUUCGCCACCAAGCAAGUGCAGAGAUCAGAAGAAGACCCCAAUGUCUUUGACAUAAGUUACCGAGGAAGCCACGUCUGUUCUCAGGGAAACGAUGCCGUUCUGUCAUUAAAGUUAGCAGACACAGAAGAGAAAUCGCAAGGUUGUGACAGUGACGUUCAUCAUGCACAGUCAUCGCGAGAAAGAGUUACAAACUACACAAACACGUUGACUGUGGAAACGGAUAACAUGACGCCACAUCCAUUCCCUUCGUUUGGAUGCAUGCCACAAGAUAACCACCACACGUUUCUUCCUUCCUUCGUACUGGAGAAUGAUACCUUUUGCAGCACCGUUUCCCAAACAUCCUUCUUCUCUCCGAACACACCUGAAUCAAAUUAUCUUGUGUCUCCGUCUUUCCAUUUACAUGAUGAACUCGACAGGGUCUUUGACAAGCCGUGCCCUGAUUCUGAUGCUGCCGGGAACGUUUUAGCUGAUGCAUCAACCAUCAAUUCUCCAAAUUUUGACUUCAAUUUCUCACUCGAUGCAGUGGGAAUUGGUGCAAAUUGCCCUUCAAUGCCUGGGGGUUUUCAUCCUAAGUGCACUUGAGAAAAUUAAUUUCAUAGUGUUUGUCGAAAUUAUUGUUAGCAUUUGAAGAAACGAAAAAACGACAGUACGAUGAUGCAUUAGAAUCCAGACAGCACUAAUAAA